ACCGAACCCUCGCGAUAGUCGCAAUUACGCAAUUACAGCUACCCGGGAAGGCAACGGCGGGAUCGUGGCUUACGGACGGCUUACAGAGACCUGAAACUCCCAUCUUGCUUCUACUUCGGCACUGUUCCUACCUGAAACCAUGGAGGCAGAUGGAGGAAGAAACGACCAUCUUUGCCUUUAGCUCUGCUUCCUUUCAUCUUCUUGGACUUUAGUUUCAUUCUUCAAGAGAGAAUGAAAACCUAAUAUUUAUGCUAUUAUCAUCCAAGAGAUGCGUGGAGAAGGUCGCUGAAAAAAUGGUUAUGCAUGCUUCAAAUGGUGCCUUUAUUUAUUGAUUUUCCAGUAAUUGUUGGUUUUCAUGUUUAGAUUCAGCGAAGAAAUGGACGACGAGAACGGGCUCGAGCUAAGCUUGGGCCUCUCUUUUGGUGGAUCGUCCUCUAAGUCCUCUAAGUUUAAAGUUAAAGAUCUGCCUUCAGAAUGUAAAGGUGAUGAAGGAAGUUCCAGUAGGCUCAUGGGAGGCAAUGUGUCGAUAUCCGACGAGUCAUUUAAAAACUUCUUUAAAUGCUGUUCGGAGAACGUAGAAUCUAAAGGGAAACAGAAGAGCGAUCUCGUUACUCAACCCCCCGAGAACUUCUUUACAGACCUCGCUAAAUGCCCCACAUCCAUGUCUGAUUAUUCUAACGAUGCUCGAAACAAUCUCGUACAGUUUACAAGGUAUCAAGAGCAGUUGUCAUCUAGUAAUCGAACUAUUGAAACUGAAGAUGAGAAAUCAGGUCCUGCUAAACGGAAGCUGCCCUUCGAGGAGAUAAAUUUUCCAAGCAAGCAUGAAAAAAAGUCCACCGGAGCAUUAAUAAGAAACUCACAUGUUUCGAACACCACGGAAGACGGGUCUACCGGUGAAAACGAAGAUGUAGCAGAGUCGGAAGCUGAAGAUCCUCAGUCACGGCUGGUUUCGCGCCGAGAAGAAAGCAUGAAAUGCUCCGACACUUUAGUGUUGAGUGGUAAAAAUGUGCCAAGUGAAUCACGAGAGCCAAAUUUAUCAGGAAAGGAAUCUAAUCCUGAAUAUGGAAAACCUACAUUUGGAAUUCCGCUGUCCCUCCAACCACUAAAAGUCAUGAACAUUCCUUAUCCCGUUAUGGCUUCAGCAGCAAAUACAAACAGCAUGCAGCUUGCUUUUGGUUACCCUCCUGCGCAGCUUCCAACACUGGAGACGGGUUCGUCGUGGGCGUUUAAUUCGCAGCCUCUGAAUGCUUCAUCUGUUACGAGACGAGAACAGUCUACUGGAGUUCCGGUACAGGAGCAUUUUGAGGAUGGUGCAAAGACGUCUCAAGGAGCCGCCCCUCAUAACACAACAGCGGCUUUUUCGUAUGAUGGAAAGGCGCCAGAUUUGAUGAUUGGGAGUUCCAGAUAUGUUGGAGAGGCCGUCUCAUCCGCUCGACCCGACGAACAAGGAAAGUUGAGAAGCAAUUCCACGCAGGCGAACGAAGCAACGAAUAAGCCGGCAACCGAAGCUCUUCUGCGCGAAGCGCCGUUUAUUAGGCCGGGAAUUGCUCCGAAUUUAAGAUUUGGAGGCUCUGGCUCAUACCCAGACCUUCCUUGGGUUACAACCACUGGUCCGGGGCCAAAUGGUAAAACCGUAUCUGGUGUCACUUACAAAUAUAAUCAAAAUCAAAUAAAAAUUGUCUGUGCUUGCCAUGGGACCCACAUGUCCCCAGAGGAAUUUGUUCAACAUGCAAGUUCUGAGGGUCCGAAUUCAGAAAAUAACCCAAAUUUGGCUUCAUUUAACACUGCUAAUACCCCAAACCCUGCUCAGAGCUAAACUGUAAUUAGUUGCUGCAAAAAAACUAAAAAGUUGAAUGCUGAAGAUGGAUUCUGAAGUAAAAGAUGAAGCAUUCUGUCUGCAGGUUUCUUAUUCUUAAAGACCUUUACACUAUUAUUAUUACCAUAUUGUUAUAAAUCUCUAUUUAUGGUCUAGAGAAGUAUUGCUUACAUUUGGCUUUUGUUUCAUGAACUUUAUUUUACAUAUCUACCGCUUUUUGUUGUUUUUGGAGUAAAUAUGAUAAAAG